AUGAUCUCUACAGAUAAUAGUAAUAAUCAGCAGAAUAACUUGGUGUUUGUUACAGGUGCAACAGGAUACAUAGCUUCACACAUCAUAUCCAAUCUUGUUAAAAGGGGAUAUCGUGUUCGUGCUUGUGUCAGAAACUUAAACGAUCAAUCUAAACUAUCAUUCAUUCACUCUAUCAACAACAACAACAAUAAUAAUAAUAAUAAUAAUAAUAAUAACAAUAUUAUAGAGAUAGUAGAGGGAGAUUUAGAGAAUGCGGAUUAUGUAAAACUAUUAAAUGAUUGCACUCAUGUGAUACAUACAGCAACUCCAUACAUUCAUAGUGCACCUGAUCCCGAAAAAGAUAUUAUCAUUCCUGCGGUCAAUGGUACUCUUAGAGUAUUAGAGGCUGUCAUUCAGGUAGAAACAAUUAAAAAAGUAAUCAUUACAUCAUCUUGUGGAGCAAUCGUUGAUUCGUUGUCUCCAAACUUUGUACCAAAAGAUACAGCCUACAAUGAAGAGGAUUGGAACACAACGUCUACACUUACACAAUCACCUUAUUUCCUUUCAAAGGUGAAAGCAGAAAAGGCAGCAUGGGACUUUUAUGAAAAGAACAAACAACAAAAUGGUGGAAAACAACGACGAUUUCAACUAUCUGUCAUUUGUCCAACCUAUACAUUGGGACCACCAUUAAACAAUGUAUUGAAUCAAAGUCUAAGACUUUACAUCAAUAUGUUAUUCAAUGGUCAAUCACCAUUCCCAACCUAUGUUCCCUACGUAGAUGUAAGGGAUGUAGGUUUGGCACACGUAUUGGUAUUGGAAGAUGAUCGAUCCGAUGGUCAACGAUAUUUAGUUGGAAACAGUACAUCAACUUGGAAACAACUUGUAGAGAUUGCAACCAAUCAAACCAAAGAUGAUCCAGACUUGUCCAACAUUCAAUUCAACAUUUCACAGACACUUCCAGAUAGUAUCGUUAAACAAUGGACCAUCGAUCAUUCAAAGAUUAAACGAUUGGGAUUAUCAUUCUACCAACUCGAUCAAACCAUCAAAGAUACAAUCAAACAACUUGAUCAUUUAAAUUUGAUAAAUAAAUAA